GGUCAUUCCACAGCAUCUUGUUAUUUUUCUGCUAUCCGCUGUCUAGAUUCUUUCCAAUGUAAAGUCCUUUUGCUUGCCGAAGUUGCUUGAGUAGCAAUCGUUUCUUUUCUCGAGCCUCGACGCUCAGCCACAUCAGACGUCAUCUAGCCUCGAGAUAUAUCCCACCCCCAACCGUCUUCAAUGGUUCCUAGGAAAGGUGGCCUCACACAUCAUGCCAAGCCACCUCAGCCCAGAGUCACGUUCGACUGAGGAGCAAGAUAAUCUUCGAGUAUUGAACCGGUCUCCUCACCCGUAUCAUCAUCAGAGCUCUGAACUCUCCCAUUUUUCCGAGCAGCCAAUCUCUCGCGGCCAAACGACAGCAUCUUCGAGGUUGGCAAGCGACCCCAACCAGUCAUCGCCGUCCGUUCCACCAAACUUUUCCAAGGAGUCGACGCCGGCGAGCGAUAGUGGCACCGAUGCUGACGACGAACAUUUUCUCAAAGGCUUGCCGCCCCCCAAGCUGCGACCUCACAAAGGGCUGAGAGGGAAAAAUGAAGUCAUAUCUGGCACCUCGACGCCGGUGCUAUCGCCUGCCGUCUUGCAGGAACCAACGGCUGGUCGCAAGGUAUCACUUGGUGGCAAAAAGCCUGAAGAUAAAGCUAUAGUGCCGGAUGCUAUUCGACGGAGGAAGAUUCUAGUGCAACGAGCCCUCGAAGCUGGCAUCAUCAUCACUUUGGCUAGGAUGAUCCAAGCGAAUAAGCUGCUAUCGCCGAUAUUGGAUACUUGGCGCAAAGACUUUUAUCUAUUUAGCGCUCUGUACGGAGGAUUGCUAUUGCUCUAUCCCCUUCGGGUCUUGAUAUGGAGCUACAAGGUUCAGAAACCGUCUUCAAGGUUGCCAUUGAAGAUUCCCACAGUUUUCGACCCUGCGCCUCUUCUAUAUCCUCCUUCGAUUACGAUAUUUGUGUCACUAUUAGUUUCCGUUAACUGUCCGGCGGUCAUCCUUCCGAACCUCAUACUCAGCAUAAGUUCGAUUCCUCAACAAGUGGUGCCCAAAUUCGAUCAAUAUGCGGCAUAUGAUUCUCUUCACUGGGUUCUAUCUUGUCUCCCUCUGAUUUGGCGAUCCUCGUUUUCAAACGAAUCUCGGUUUACGCCGACUUAUGCUUUUCUCACGCAAGAAGAUCUUGUCCUGUUGUAUCCUUUGCAUAGAACGGCAUCUGCUGUAUUACAUCAUCUUACCACGACUAGCCUCCUUACAGCCGAGCUUCAGCUUCUUUCGAUUGCUUUGAUCAACGUCUUGCUUCUAGCGUCUUCACCUCAAAUUCAGAUACUCAAAGCUUUGUUGUGGGGUGGUGGUUUAAGUCUACUUGUACUAUGUGGCGCCGUGAUUAGAUGGGGAAUUGUGUUGGCAAGAGUUCCCAAGUGGCGUUUUCGAAGAGAGCCAUAUCCGCCAAGGCGUCCGUUCUGGAAGUCUUUGGUCAGGAUAUUGUCUUGGCAGAAACUCAAGAGCGAGAUUCUGGGCUCACCUCUGGAUCAACAUAGCGACGAUGCGCUGUUCUCAACCGAUGAGGACGAAGACGACUUGCGAUUCAGUGGCCCUAAUAGGGUUCAAACUCUUGGUGCAACAGAGAAGCCAUCGCUCGAUGCAUCUGCCGAAAACGGAUGGAAAACAGGGGGGGUUUCUCGAAGAUAUACAGUUCCUCAUAUGGAUAAGGCCUCUCGUAAAGCAGCAACUCACACUCCAUCUGGACGGAGAAAACGGACGGCAUCCGUUUCUAUUCGUGCAUAUUUCAAGUUUACUCCCGCACAGGCAGCGGUAAGAAAGUGGCUGUAUGCAGGCUACGUAUACGUGUGUUUGGCAGUCAUCAUAGUUGCAUUUAUUCGUCCAUAUGUGGGAAGAUAUGCCCUUGGUGGCAAUGAACCUAUUGGCUGGGCUCUCGGAUACUUUUUUGGUGACCUGCCAGAGUUCAGAUAUCGUGUUGUCAGGGCUAAUUUGGAAUAUUGGAUCUGUCUUCCACCAAGGACCGAGGCUUGGGGCGAAAAAGAAUGCGGCUUUGGUUGGGUACAACAUGUUCGCCACAACGACUUUGGCGAAGCCAACACACGACUCUUCAUCAGUGGCUAUUGGAUUGCGAUUCUUAUCGUUGGACUCGCAAUCGUGUUUCAGCUAACAAACACAUACGAGGUCGAUACAAGGCGGAAGGUAUUCCACUUUAUGAUGGUCGGCAUGCUUCUGCCAGCAACGUUUAUAGAUCCGACGUUUGUUGCCUUGGCGCUAUCAAUUGUCUUGGCCAUCUUUUUAAUCCUAGAUUUAUUGCGAGCGAGCCAGUUACCCCCUCUCUCUAAGCCGAUAGCCUCCUUCUUGGCCCCUUAUGUCGACGGCAGAGACUUCCGCGGACCCGUCGUGAUAUCUCACAUCUUUCUUCUGAUCGGGUGUGCCAUUCCUCUCUGGCUGUCGCUUGGAUCCUUGCCACGGACUGGAUCAGACUACUUGGCUGGCUGGGAAAUAUCUACCAGGGAGAUUAGUAUGAUUUCAGGGGUUGUUUGCGUUGGUUUAGGCGAUGCGGCAGCCUCACUUAUUGGGCGCCGUUAUGGUCACCGCAAAUGGCUCUGGGGUGGCGGCAAAAGCCUCGAGGGAAGCUUAGCAUUCACAGCUGCAGUCUUCCUCGGCCUCACAUCUGCGAGCGUUUGGCUUCGUAUAGGGAAAUGGCCAAUUACCGGUGACGAUAUAAGCAUGACGACCAGAGCGGGACAUGCCUUGGUGUGCUCCUCCAUGGCUAGUUUGACAGAGGCGGUCCUGACGGGAGGCAACGAUAACGUCAUUGUGCCAGUUAUUCUCUGGACAUGCGUAAAGGCGCUUGAAGUUUAAUAUUAUAGAAGCAUAAAUACGGCGUUUUUUUCUUUUCCUUUUCUUGGAUUUAUUUACGAUGGGUAUCCGAUUUGGCGAUAGGUGGCCAUACGACGAUAUGAUGCCUUUUUUCAGUCAUCGUCUUUGUGUUUUAUACAUCAACCUCAUAUGGCUUACAUGACUGAACGUGAUGGGAUAACAUUAAUAUACAGAGAAUCAGAUGACC